AUGUCACAAGUCGAUAAUGAUUGUGAGAACACCCUUCACUGGGCAUGCAAGGGUGGGCAUGAGGGUAUAAUAAAGUGUUUAGUUCGACACUACGGUUUUGAUAUGAAUUUGUCCCUCCUGAAUGAGGCUGCAUAUCGGGGACCAAGAGACGUUGUGGAGUUCCUCGUGUGUAUGGGAGCUAAUGUGUCACAAGUUGGUCCUGACCGCAACUAUCCCCUGCACUGUGCGAGCAAGGGCGGACAAUUGGAUACGGUGAAGUAUCUGGUUUUACAAUGCACGGUUGAUAUUAACAGCAGGGGAGCUCACGGAAUAACCCCCCUCAUGUGGGCUGCAUCGAUGGCGCAAAGGGAUGUUUUUGAUUUCCUCAUGAGUGUGGGAGCUAAUUCAUCAUGCGUGGAUAUUUUCGGAAACAGCUUACUUCAUUAUGCUUUUCGUGGGGGAUCUGCGGACAUGAUUCAGCGUAUCAUAUCACAAGACAUGGUUGACAUUAACAUUAGAGGAGGAAUAUUCAGAAGGACAACACUGAUGGACGCCGCGAGGGGUGGAAAACUAAAGAUUUUGGCUCUACUUGUGAACAAAGGUGCUCUAACUCACUUAGUUGAUAAUAAGGGUCGCAACAUCCUUCAUAUAGCCACUACAGGUGGAAGUAUGGAGAUGGUGAAGUACAUCCUCUCAAAGAACCUGACCGACAUUAAAGCCAGGGACAAGGAUGGGAAAACAGCAGCCAUGUUAGCAAAUGAUUGCGGGUUCGUUCGCUUGAACACCUUUCUUGUCUUGCGGGGCUCUCCAGAGAAAUAA